AUGAUACGUUUUAUUUCAUGAUAAUUAAGAGUUCAAUUGAGAUUAUAAAUAUUGGUAAUUAGUAAGGAUAGUAAUAUUAUUUUUUAUACUAAAUUUAUCUUUAUUUUUCUGUUGUAAGUAUAAUAGGUUUCAAUAUGGGUAUCAUAUUCAAAUAUAAUAGCUUCGUAUAUCGUCUGGCGGCGCUACAAGUUAUAUAUACAUAUAUUAAUCCCAUUGUAUGAGGCAGUAUAAGGCAUAUUUUCGGACAUAAAAAUAGGUUAAACAGUUAAAUGAAGUUUUUUAUUUCUGUGAACAUUAAAUAGGACGUUCAAGUACAAUGAAUUCCAAUGUCAAGAUUAUUCGUGCUUUAGCACAAGAAUUACGUCAUAUUUCCUUCAAUGAUAAACUGAAAGAUAAUAUUACAAUGCAAUAUAUUUUGGAACAAGCAUAUUCCCAUAAGGAAACUUCAGAAGUUCUAUGCAAAGCUCAAAAAGAAUUGAAGAACUUAGCUGAAACGUACCUUUGUUACUUGAGAUCGCAAAGAAAGUACAAAGAGAUUAAAAUGCAAUAUACUGGUAAAGGAGAAAGAAGUAUUAAGGAAACAGCAGAUCUUGUUGGUUUUAAAUUACCACACGAUCCAAAAUAAAGGCAUACAUUGGUAAAAAACAUAAUCAAACUAUCUAUGUAGCGUUUGUACAAAGCUUUCUAUUAUUUUAUGAUCGACAAAAAUACUUUGCUUUGAAAAAUAUACAUUGAACAAGAAUUGGAGGUUAGAAAAUUAUGGUAGAGAAUGUACUUAGAUUUUUCAACAUUGCUUUCUAGAGAGGACUAUGUUUUCAUAAAAUGUGUAUAAGUACAACAAUUUGCUUAGAUAGUAUAUUAAAAAAUAUAGUACCAAAA